GCUGCUAUCUUUGACACGGUCACUUGUCUGUCUUCCUGAUACGGGAUCAUAUCAUCUGGUGAAGGAAACGGAAUUUGUAAUGUUGUAACUAGCUGUAGUAGGUGACCAGGGUACAAAGAAUGGCAGAUGUUCCCAAAGUACCAAAUCAGGAUGGAAUCCUGUCUCAACUGGUAAAAGAAGAACACAAUGGGAGUGCACAUCAGCUCAAAAGUCCCAAGGAUGGGAAAGCAGCUAGUGAUGGAACAUGUGAAAAUUUGCUUCCACCUACCAAAGUGGAGAAAGGGGAAGUAACUCCUACUGCCUUGAAUGAUGAGAUGAACUUGGAAAAUGUGAAAACACCUACAGAGGAGAAAAUGUCGUUUAUGAAGAGAAUGAAAACAGAUCCUUCCUACAAAGAAAAAGUGAUUUUGAGUCUAAGCAUUUGCUGGUCUUUUGUGAUACUGGGUUGGCUGGUUGCUCAGUUUGGACCCUCCUUCCUUGACCUGCGAAUUAUCACAAACACUGAUCUGAAGAAAGCGUCUAGCUAUCUGACCAGUGGUUCUGUGGGAUACCUUGUGGGGUCCGUAAUAAGUGGCUUGUUGUUUGACCGGUUCAACAAGGUCCUCCUGCUGUUUGUGUACACCUUUACUGGAGUAUUUUUCUCUGCUAUCCUCCCCUGGUGUUACAUGUAUGAGCUUAUGAUGACAGUGCAGUUUUGUCGUGGUUUCUAUGGUGGAGGACUUGAUACAGGUGGGAAUGCUUUAUUGAUUUCAACUUGGGGUCAAGAUGGUCGCUCAUUUCUGCAGGCUUUGCAUUUUGCAUUUGCUAUUGGUGGGAUCCUUUCUCCAUUAGCAACCGCUCCAUUUCUGUUAGAAGAAAGAAAUAUAAGGGCAGAUAACUCUAGUCUACAAAUUAAUAGUACAAUACAUGAAACGGAUUUUAACAUAUCUCAAAUUCUUUACAAUACCUCUAUGAGCUCCCUCACACAAGCUGGUGUUUCCACUAUGACACCCGACCCAUCUACACAUUACAAAGCAGAAGAUUCCAGACUAUAUAUAGCAUUUUCUAUCUCUGCUGUUAUGAACCUAUCAAGUGCAAUACCAUUCCUCAUCUUGUACCUGAGAGCAAGAAGACGUAAAAGGAAAAAUUCUAUCAAAGUUGUUGAAGAGAGCAAAAGGAUUACGAGAGAAUUAACAACAGAGUACAAAGUGCUUGUCCUAGUCAGUGUGUGUUUUUUUCUUGGCAUGUACUGUGCUGUGGAAGAUACAUUUAAUUCUUUUCUCACUACCUUCUGUGUGAAACACAUGGGAUGGACAAAGGCACAGGGAUCCUAUGCUUCAUCAGCAUUUUGGGCUGUAUAUGGUUUUGGUCGUUUUUCAGGAAUUUGGUUAAUAAAAUGGAUUAAGCCUGACAAAAUGAUAUGUGGGUUUACUGUAGCAUUAGCAUGUGUGUUGGGGGCAUUACUAGGUUUUGGACAUUUUAAAAUUGACAGUGGUAUCUGGGCAUGUGCAAUACUGGCAGGUGCAUCAAUGUCAAUUAUUUUCCCAACAGUCUUUUCUUGGACAGAGGAGGAAUUGACGCCGGUAUCAGGGAAGGUAGCAUCAUUGUUUCUGAUUUCAGCGUCCAGUGGAACAAUGACAAACCCUAUAAUAUUAGGUUAUCUCAUGCAAACUUUGUCACCAAUGUGGUUCACAUAUCUUCUGUUUGGUGAGAGUGCGGUUUUAGUUGUACUUUUUAUAAUCCUUUUAGUGAUUGCAAAAAUAUUGAAAUCUAAAUUUGGUAAUGGUUGCACAUUUCAGGAUGUAGAAAUUGAGUUAAAAAAUGAUGAGAAUGUAGAAACAGCAAGUUUGGUUGAUGCGGUACAUUGAGCAUGUAGUUAAGUCAGACCUGGUGUAAACCCCACCUGUCUAUAUAGGUCUCUGGUUUUGCUUCUGAAUGCAAUUCAAUCCACAGUAAUUCAGCCUCUGUAUUGAGACCACUGCCUAUUUCAGACAAUUUGUUUUAACUCUGAUUGUAAAACAUUCCAUGAUAAUUUAGCCUCCAUAUCAAGGCCAGCUGUUUUUAAUGACCUCUUGUUUCGGUUUUUAAUAUAAUACGGUAUGUGGUAGGGUAGGUGAACCUCUCUAUGAAGGCCAGCUGUAUAUAAAAACCUCUUGUUUUGGUUUUCAAUGUAAUACAGUAAGUGGUAGGUGAACCUCUCUAUGAAGGCCAGCUGUAUAUAACGAUCUUUUGUUUUAUUCCAGAUUAAAUACAAAUCAUGGUAUAAUGGAACCUCAAUAUGAUAAAUAGUAACACAAUUCAUGGCAAUUUAACCUUAACAUCAAGGUUACAUGUCUGUUAAAACCAAUUUUGUUUGCUCCCUUGAGUGACCUUUAUGAACAGGUUUGAUUUUACUUACAUUUUAUCUACUUUUAGUUUUAGAGGAAGCUUUUAAUCUAUUUUUAGAUGAUGUGUCACUUGUUUCAAUUUUUGUAGGAGAGUGAAAAUAUUCCAUCGGACAUUGAUAUUUUGGAUAUAAGGGAAGGUCCUACAUUUUACAAAUUUUAAAACUUUUACAGAUAUGAAGAACACUGUAAACUUGGCUAGUAUUUGAUGUUGUUGUUUUGCCUGCCAGUUGAUCAUAGUAUUAAGUGUUUUUAGUCAUUCCCUCAAUCUAAUACAGGUAUACAUUUACAUUUUUUGUAUGUGUCAUUAUUUGUUUAUCAUCCUUGUUACUCCAAGGGUCACUUUCACCAUCUGCACCCCUAGAUCAUUUCAAAUGAAGGCAUGAGCAGUCAUUUGAUUGGUCUAAAGCAAGUUUCAGGAGGAAAAAAAACGCCCAAUCACAGAAUGAUACACUCCUCCCAAGAUUACAAAGGUGUGAUACCCAACAUCAAAGCUAGAAUAACAUACGUUUAUGUGACCUCUAAAUUUGAUAUACAUCAAAGGAUCAAACUGUCCUAUUCCUUUUAUCCACAAGAUUUCACAAAUGGAAACUUCAAUUUUCGCCACGAAAUAUUUUUUCAGGGGUGCAGAGAAUGUAAGUGAGCAUAACCAACAGAUCAUCAAAGAUGUUGUUUACUUGAUUGUUAUUGAUGUAUAUAUAUAUUUCAGGUCUAAAUUAUAUAAAUCUUUAUUUAUGUCAGAAAUGACAAUGAAUUUUGGGAUCUUUAAUUUAAGUUUACUUGAUAGUAUUUCGCUGGAACGUAAAAUACAACACGGACGCCAAUAAACAAUUAACGAUUUAUACAAUAAACCAACAAAUUCAAGAUACAAACUACACAAUAGGAGAUAGACAGAUCACAUGCCUUUCCCUACUCACAGUCGGUGAAUGUCACUUCCCCAUGCAGAGCGUCCUUACUUUCGGUUCGUGAUCACACUGGGUCACAGCGCUCGAGCUCUCGCGGUCAUGGUGUACACACACAGAGUUCACUAACCCACUAGUUAAACUCUUAAAACAACACAUGAUGUCUGUCAUUUCUUCAUCAUUGUAUCACGCACAGUCUUCUUCACUCACCAUCUUCCCGCGUCCUCUACCCAAGCCAAUCGUCCUAACCCCUCGGACUUCUUCACGAUAACCGUGUCUCCAAGUCAACAAUCCUUUAAGGGCGCAUGACACUAAAUUUUUAUACACACAAAUAAAUUAUAUUUAUUCUGACAAUUUAUCAUUGAUCUUUAUGAAAAAAUAAAGGUUUUAGCAAAUGUUAAAAUAUAUUUCCCGGUAUGUAUUGGAAACUGAGGUUUGACUGUACUCGGCAAUGAAUCAAAAUGUGAAAGUUAUGACUAGUCACAAUUAUACAGUGACCUUGCAUGUGUGUUCUGGUCUUUAUGCCCCGUCAUGUUAUCAACACAAGUGGGAAUUAUAUAAUUUAUGUAUCUUUCGUACAAUAGGCGAAAAAGAAGUAUGCCAUUGUAUUUUUGGUUCAUGAAAGUCCUCUUUAGUCUGAUGGACAUGUACAGUUGUGUACAGUAAAUUGAACCACCAUACUAGGUUGCAAUGGUAACAGAUCUGUAGUUAUGACAGGCUGCAGGCAGAUUAAUGUUCAAGUACAAUUACAUUUCCAAAAAGAGGUGAUAGCAAGAAUAUAUAGAAAUAUAAAUAAAAAGAGACUUUUGGAAACAAAAGGCCUGUAUAUGGUCUGUCUUCCAUGUGUCAGUUGCCUGUAACUUUGUCCCACAUUGCAUGCACUUUAUCCCAUUUUAAGUGAAAGGUCCCAGUUUAUAAAUGAGAAUGAAAAAAAUACCACUGGUUGAUUUAAACAUAACCAGGACUUGUGUUGGAAAACUCUUGUAAGCAAUCCAGACUUUCUUGACUCCUGUCUAAACAUGGGUCGUUAUGUUGAAAUAUUUUUCUUGUUACACUCUAUUACGUUUCCUUGCUUAGAGAUUUCUGCCUUUUUUCUGUAGCAUGUAUAAUGUUUUGGAAGGUAUGUAGUGGUUGUUUGGGGAAUUUCGGUGAAACUUGUCAGUGUAGUCCUUUUAGUUUUGUGUGUGUUAUAAUGUGUUUCACAUUGGCCUAUUGGUAAUGUGGCUAAGAGUUCUCUUGUGGCUAAUAUUAUUUCUGAAGAAGUCAAGGAAUAUACAAAAUUGUCUUUGUUGGUGAUAUGAAAUAAAGUUGUGUGUGAUAAUGAAGAGGAGAGUAGUUGGGCUUUGUUUUGUUCAUAUUUAAGGUUGAUGUGUCAUACGGCAAGGACUUUGUUUGUUUAAUUUCUUUCUCAGGCUUUUAGGUUUGAAUUAUCUGUGAUAUUAGAAAAGUCCUGGAAAAAGGUUCUUUAUGCUAGAGUCAUAUUAUCGGAACAAAUUGGAAAUGUUCUUGGCAAGUUUAUUUCACAGCUGUCCAAGAGAAGAAGAAUUACGUCAUCAUCGAUUUGGUACAGAUACAUGGAAAUCCUCUUUAUGACAUACAUGAUAAUGAAAAGGUCAUGAAUGACCAAAUGAAUUAAAACCAUUUCAUUGAUGAUUUUCAACUGUUUCGUUCUUCAAAAUAAAUGUUUUGUUGCUGCAGUCUAUAAAUAUGAUUCUUUGUUAUGAAAUUGUUUAUUAGAUCUGUAUAAAUAGUUAAUAAAUUAACGGUUAAGCUUAUAAUUAAUAAACAAAUAUAUAUGAAUAUUUAAAUCUGUACAAUAUAUUUGAUAUGAAUUUUAAUGUGAUAUCUACACACGCACCCAACAAUUCAUGAAGGUUUGGUUUCUUGGUAAAGGAAUUGUGAAGCACCAUUUGUUAGCGUGCCAUGGCGUUGGAAAUAUUGAUGCUGUUUAAAAUUCAUAUUUACUUUGUUGUUUGUUGCUCAACUCUUAAUUGAUGUAAACAUGUAUACAUUUGUUCAUAAGUAGAACUGCAUUGCUUUCUGCAGUCAAUAGGCAGAUUAUCAUCAUUAGUGUGUGAGCACCUCUUCACCUCGGUCCGAUUCAUUUUGUUAAUUAAAAUUGUUCUGAAAUGUCUCUUCUAACUUUACAUGAACAACGUUCGAUAUACAAACAAGUAAAUUAUUGCCUGCAAUUGCCAACAUACACAGUACUGUAGCAGAAGCGCCAAGUCCCGACUAAAUGUAGUUAACUUGAUGUAUACAUGCGUCUAACAUUCUGUUGCCAGUACAUGACAUCAAUAAUUCUAAAUGUUAAAAAUAAAUCUUAAAUUGCUUACUUGUAAAAUAUUUAUGAAAACUUUUGCGAAUCAAAAUUUAUAUUGAACAAAAGUUCUUCAGUAUUUGAUCCCUUUCCUUGAGAUCUGAUCAGUGCCAUUCAUACACAUGUGUUAGGUAUUCUGUUAAAGGUAUCAUUUAUAUGAAAAGUAUGAAAUUUGAUUAAUUGAAUAAGAUUAUGACAUUUUUAUUGAACAUUUUUUAUUUUCCUCAGUCGCCUUCUAGGCUUCAGAAUUGAGGUACAUCACUGAUGAGUCCUAGAAGGAUGAAACAGCUGUAUGAUGUAGUGUAGUUUUUGUCUCUACUUUAUCUAAUUCUCAAUUUGUUUUAAAAGAAGGUGCUAUUCACUCUCAUGUGUUUUGUAUAAUCUUAUAAUAAUAAUAAAGAAGUUAUAGUGUUUUUCCAGCUCGAAUUUCGGUUUUUCCAUGCGCUAGUCUUUCUAUUUGUCCCAAACAAGUGACACACUUUCGCCAUCAACUAACCAAAUUCUCCCGAUGCCUGGGGUUUAAAUUGGUAUUGUUGCUUCGACUAUCACUUCUUUGACUGUAUUCGGCAGGAAUUCUUUUUAUCUUUUUUGGUGGAUACCAAUUACUAAUUAAUCAAAAUGUAAAUACAUUGUCAAUAUGAAAAUGUUAAGA